AUGUCAUUAGAAAAAAGUACUACUACUAAUGCCAUUAUCCUAAAUAUUAAACCCAAAACUUUGUCCAAAAACUUGUUCUUGAAUGGAAUUUUAUGCAAAACCCUAGUCUUCUUAACCCUAAUUCUAUAUCUAGUAUACUUUUUCUUAUCAUCAUCAUCAACAACAACAACAACCCUAUUACAAUUUCCCCCCACAAAAAACAUCAUCAAAUCAUCAAAACAAUAUUAUUUUAAUUCCAAUAAUAUUAAAACCAAUAUUAGCCAUUUAGUUUUUGGAAUUGCAGCCUCAUCAAACACAUGGGGUAAAAAAAAAUGUUACAUAAAUUCUUGGUGGAAACCAAAUAUAACUAAGGGUUAUCUUUUCUUAGAUAGAACCCCAAAUGAUGAACACUUACCAUGGCCUAAUUCAUCUCCUCCUUAUAGAAUUUCUAGUGACAAUUCGCGAUACAUGCCUUACAACAAACAUGGAAUGCCAUUCGCGAUUAGAAUGGUGAGAGUGAUUCAAGAGACGUUCAUGGAAGAACAUGACUCUAGUACUGUUAGAUGGUACGUUAUGGCUGACGAUGACACUGUAUUGAUGAUUGAAAAUUUGGUCAAUGUGUUAUCAAAGUAUGAUCAUAUGAAAUACUAUUAUGUUGGGAUGAAUUCAGAGUGUAUUGUGAGUAAUUUUGGAAUGUCAUUUCAAAUGGCAUUUGGUGGUGGUGGUUAUGCAUUGAGUUACCCUUUAGCACAAACUUUGGCUAAGAAUAUGGAUACUUGUAUUAAGAGGUAUCCAUAUUUGUAUGGAAGUGAUCACAUUUUACAAGCUUGUAUUGCUGAUUUAGGAGUCACCAUUACACUAGAAAAAGGGUUUCAUCAAAUCGACUUGCGUCGCGAUAUAUCAGGAUUUUUAUCAGCUCAUCCACAAUCACCAUUCAUAUCACUCCAUCAUCUUGACUUAGUAUCACCAAUUUUUCCUUCAAUGAACCAUUAUGAUGCCUUAAAUCAUCUAAUGAAAGCUGCAAGUGUUGAUCAAUCUAGACUACUACAACAAAGUACAUGUUACAAUAAGAGACACAAUUGGACGUUUUCAGUAUCAUGGGGAUAUUCAGUACAAAUUUAUGACAAAAUUAUAUCACAAAGUUAUCUUCAAACUCCAAUUGAGACAUUUGGUGAAUGGAGAAAAGGUGCAUGGCCACCUUACAUGUUUAAUGUUAGAAAAUUCAACAAUAAUAAUAAUUUUUCAUGUGAUGAAGUUCCAAAUAUUUUGUUUUUUGAUUCUUUGGAGGGUACUAGGUUGAAUCAUAUUGUGACAACAUAUGUCAAGAAAAAUCAUAGGAUUUGUGCCAAUAAUGAUGAUGAUCAUUCUUCUAAUGGUGUCAUGAAAGUUCAUGUGUUCUCACCUAUGGAUAAGCUUCAUGUGGGGGAUGGUAACAGAAGAGAAUGUUGUGACAUUAUUCAACCAAUUGGAAUGGACUCAAUGGCCAUCAAACUUAGGACUUGUAUGAAACAUGAAAUUAUUGCAUGA